CCAAUUUGAAGCCUUUUCCUGGAUUACGUUUUUUACUUCCAUCCGACGUCUCAGUGACAGCCAUCACCUAGUGAAUACACUAAUUGUGAUUAUGGCCAGUGGUUUACGACAUAUUUUUUUUUCUGCACUUGUCAACGUUUCGGGUGGGGUUUUUUUCGUUGUUGAAAUAGCAAGAGUUUGAACCAACAUGAGAACAACGGUGUUUAGACAGGUCAAGAGAAAGAGGGGACGAAUCCAGGACGCAGAGCCAUACUGUGACGAUAAAAGCAGUAUCCUGAAAACGAAUGAAGUUUGUAACGACGGUGUUUUGAGAACUCCCUACACAAGCACAACAAGCAAUGACGGUGUGUUCCGUACAUCGAUCUCGCGUAGAGAGUGUGAUAACAAUAACGGUGGAACAUUCGAUUCCAGUUCAAGCAAACUAAAGAGAAAUCACAGACAAGUAAAACAAACCACGUUCGCCAGUUUCUGUGAGAGGUACGAGCUUACGGGUGAGAAACUGGGCAGUGGUUCUUUUGGUUCUGUCUACACCUCUCGGGACCGAGAAUCAGGGACAGAAUACGCGGUAAAAAUAAUUAGGAAAUGCCAUGAUAACACCCGCAAGAAAGUUUUGAAAGAGAUAGACAUUUGUCAACGGUACAAUAAUUGUGAAAGUAUCAUCAAUCUUGUGGAAUUCGGCGAGAUUGGAGAUGCGUUUUUCCUUGUGUUCGACAAGAUUGAGGGAGGGGAUCUUAGUCAGAUGCUUGAAUCACGUAAACGUCUUAGUGAGACAGAGGCUGCUCGAGUAAUUAGCACCAUUGCUCACGUCCUCCUCACUCUCCACAACGAUGGGGUAGCUCACAGGGACAUAAAACCCGACAAUAUUUUAUGCCAAAAGAAAGGGGAGGUCACAUCCCUCGUUCUCUGUGACUUUGGACUUGCCAGUGACCCGUCUUUUCGACGAGACUCAAAAGGGGACAUAAUGAAGACCACUUUGACUUCGCCUGUCGGCACACCUGACUACAUAGCGCCAGAGAUUGUCGCUUUGAUGUGCAAUGAGUCUAAGGCGCCUUAUGACACCAGCUGUGACAUGUGGAGUCUCGGCGUAAUGCUCUAUAAAAUGCUAUUCGGCGUGAUGCCCUUUCAUCGUGGAUGUGAAGAGCACCGUUGCUUCACGGAUCUUUCGUGUGAAGACUGCGAGAUCAUCUCGUACCAGGACAUCCUUCGCGGGGACUACCGUUUUCCCGAGAAGGCUGGAGAGUUGUGUUCAGACAGCGCCCUGGAUUUGAUCCAACACCUUCUGGUUGUUGACCCCCAAGCCCGCUACUCGGCCGCCGAAGUCCUGCAACAUUCCUUUCUGACCACUAGCGUAAGUAGUGACCUCGCCAUGUCAGCAUCAGUGUGUGGACAGGUCGAGAAGAUAGUUGGUCAAUUCCAGGACUCAGGGCCAAACUUUAAAAGUUCUAUUGACAAUGCGUUCAGUACCCUUAAAACAGUCAGCGCCUUUAAUGACGCUGUGCUGCUUUCUUCUGACACAUAUGUAACCAGUAAUGAUGGUGUGUUCUGUACAUCGAUAUCACCUCGGACCUGUGAUAGCAAUGGAACAUUCGAUUCCCGUUCAAGCAAACUGAAGGGGAUGGACAGACUAGGGAAACAAAAAACAUUUACUAAUAUAUGUGAGAGUUACGAAUCUUUGGGACAAAAACUGGGCAGUAAGUCUCAUGAGCCCGUCUACGCCAACCAGGAUAGGGAUUCAGAGACGGAAUUUGCCGUAAAAAUAAAGAACUGUGAUGAACGCAAUGUUUCUAAAAAGAUUAACUUAUGCCAACGCUACAUCUGUGAGAAUAUCUUCAGCCUUGUGGAAUUUCACGAGAUUUUUUAGACACGUUUUUCUUAGUGUUUGACAAGGUAGCAAGAAGAAAUCAUAGCUGAGUGUUUGAUUUACAUGUGGACUAAGCAGCUCGAGUAAUCAGCGCAAUUGCCCAGGUCUUCUUGACUUAGCACAACGACGGGGUGGCUCACUGGAACAUCAAACCCGACAAUAAUAACAUCAUAACACUCGUCGCUCUCAGUGACUUUGGGAUUGCCAGUGAUGUACUUCUCGACGUGACCGCUGAAAAUGAGCCCUAACAAAGAUCAUUCUGCUGACGUCUCCUGUCGGCACUCGUCAUUACAUAGCGCCAGAUAUUGUUUCGGUGAUUUUAAGGCUACCUUCGACACCCGCUGUGACACAUGGUGUCUCGGCGUACUGUUCCACAAAAUGCUCCUUGUUGUGAUGCCCUUUCACUGUGCUGUGGUGAGCACCAUGGCCCCCAUCUAUCGCUCGUGUGAGGACUGCGAGAUCAACUUAUACCUGGACAUCCUUCGUGAGGACUACCGCUGUCCUUUUGGGGCUGUUGAGAUGUGUUCAGAUUUGAGAUUCAAUCCAACUGCGCCUGGUGGUUGACCAUCAAGCCCGCUUCUCGACCACUGAAUUCCUGCAGCAGCCCUUUCUGACCGCCAACAUGAGUGGUAAAGGCUGUGUGACGCUAUCUUUCUUCGUCACUGAUCGGUAUAUGCAAUUGAAACUGACCAUUAUCAUCAGGGGCGGCUCGUGAGGCUAAAAAGUGGACGUGCACAAUUAAGCUAUCGCAUGCAGAAGAUAGUCAAG